CAAACGAUUCCCUAAAAAAAGAUCCGACUCAAGCGAACGAUUCGUUCACGAGUCGGACAUCGCUACUCCCUCAGAGAAAUUGACAGCAGCUGGGUCGCCUGUGUGAGCAAACCCGAAGGACAGACACGGCAGAAAAUAAAACUCUGCCGUUACAGUGGGCUCCCCCUUCCCCUUUCCCCCACCGUUUGAGCGUAUAUAUCACCGCACCGACCCCGACGAGCGCUCUUUCUCCGUUUCCCCGCUCUUACAGCGGAGCGGUCAGGACUUUUUUUCCUCGCGAACUGAAACGUCAGUAGCUUAGCCGAGCUAGCGGGCUAACGCGACUAGCUGGGUCCAGCUACAAGGAGGAAUUACAAUUGUUCCACCGAGAGACACUGAAGGAUGUCGGGGAAGGAGCAGAAUAAACAAUCCACCACCGAACGGCCAGUCAAAGUGCCGUACCCUCCCACGACACGGCUCACCAUGAAAGAGCUGUACGAGGACGGCAAGCCCAAGGUGGAGCUUUUGAAGAGCCACCUGGUGAAAGAGGGCCGCCUGGAGGAAGACGCGGCCCUACGCAUCAUCAACGAUGGCGCCAACAUCCUCCGUCAUGAGAAAUGCAUGCUGGAAGUGGAGGCCCCCAUCACAGUGUGCGGAGAUGUCCAUGGGCAGUUCUUUGACCUGAUGAAGCUCUUUGAGGUGGGGGGUUCCCCGCACAAUACACGCUAUCUAUUUUUGGGAGACUAUGUGGAUCGAGGCUAUUUCAGUAUUGAGUGUGUGCUCUAUCUGUGGGCCCUGAAGAUCAACCACCCGACCACCCUCUUCCUUCUCAGAGGCAACCACGAGUGUCGGCAUCUCACGGAGUACUUCACCUUUAAACAAGAAUGCAAGAUUAAGUACUCGGAGCGCGUGUAUGAUGCCUGCAUGGAUGCCUUUGACUGCCUUCCCCUGGCCGCUCUGCUCAACCAGCAGUUCCUGUGUGUUCACGGAGGCCUGUCCCCCGAGAUCACCUGCCUCGAUGACAUCCGGAAAUUAGACAGGUUUAAAGAGCCUCCAGCUUUCGGGCCGAUGUGCGACCUGCUGUGGUCUGAUCCUGGCGAGGAAUACGGCAGCGAAAAGAGCUCAGAGCACUUUUGCCACAACAGUGUGAGAGGAUGUUCCUAUUUCUACAGUUACCCUGCAGUAUGUGACUUUCUGAUGAAUAAUAACUUGUUGUCAGUUAUAAGAGCACAUGAAGCCCAAGACGCAGGGUAUCGAAUGUACAGAAAAAGUCAGACGACAGGCUUCCCCUCUUUAAUCACAAUCUUCUCUGCACCAAACUACUUAGAUGUGUAUAACAAUAAAGCUGCUGUGUUGAAAUACGAGAACAACGUCAUGAACAUCCGGCAGUUUAAUUGCUCUCCUCACCCGUACUGGCUGCCCAACUUCAUGGACGUGUUCACAUGGUCACUGCCCUUCGUCGGUGAGAAAGUAACAGAGAUGCUGGUCAACGUGUUAAGCAUCUGCUCAGAUGAUGAGCUCAUGUCAGAGGGAGACGACACGUGUGAAGGUGGCACCCCGGCAGUCCGCAAGGAGGUGAUCCGAAAUAAGAUUCGUGCCAUUGGCAAGAUGGCCAGAGUUUUCUCUGUUCUUAGAGAGGAGAACGAGAGUGUGUUGCAGUUAAAGGGCUUGACCCCCACUGGGACGUUGCCUGUGGGUGUGCUGUCAGGAGGCAGACAGACCCUACAGAGCGCCACCGUAGAAGCAGAGGAAGCACGAGCCAUCCGGCUUCAACCCUCAACACAAGAUCCAAAGCUUCGAGGAAGCCCGCGGACUGGACCGGAUAAACGAGCGAAUGCCUCCGCGCAAGGACAGCAUGCAGCCAGACGGCACUGCCAACUCCAUCAACGCAGCCAAUUCCCCCGACAAGAACGGCACCAACGCACAGGCGUAGUAACCCAGCAGCUACCUAGCGCUCUCCCUCAUCCUUUCCUUUGUCUCUCAUAUUUUUUUUUUCUCCGUCUCUCCCUCUGUUUUCCUCUCAUUCUCUCUCUUUUUGGUAGAGGUGAUGCCCCCUACAUGCAAAACUCUCCAGGACCAUUUCGGGGAGAAUCGCACAAUACCAUGAAGAGGGCGUAAUGAGAAACAAACCAUGAUUCUUAUUUAUUUAUUGAUAUAGAUGAUAAGAAAUUUAAGAUCUGUAAUGGUGGGAAAAUUGAGAUGAAUGAUUACGUACAGGAUGAAUAUUACAUGUGUAUAUAAAAUACAGAAUAUAUAUAUAGACAUAGCAUUGGGGUGGUGUAAGGUCAUCUUAGAUUCAGUAGUUUAAAAAAAAAAAUCAAUUUUGUAAAUUUACGUUUAUAAAUUAGGUUCAUUAGGACUUUUUUUUGUUUUUUUGUUUUUUUUAACAACCAAGACUUGCUUAGCAGAAUUUCUUUAUUGUCAUUUGUGCGCUUGGCAAAAUAAUUCUUGGCCCAACAUAAUUAUAUAGAAUGCUUAUUUGUGAAUAAUACCCAAAGCGAGUAUGAUAAUUGUUGAUGCAAAACAAAAAAGAAGUUUUGGUAUUGAAACAAUAUGUGGAAAAAUACCUUUACAAUGCCAAUUAUAGCUAAGAUGAGUGCAUUAAUAACAAGUGUUGGCACGUUUAUAUGUACAUGUAGAUUUUCAAGUGUUCCCUCAACCAAAUGUGAUGUUUACUUUAUUUGAUUUGUUUUUGUUUCCUGUUCAUGAAUCAAACUACACCAAUUUGUAAUCAAAAAGGCGGGAAAAGCAAAAACCAUCCCAGAAGCUUCUCAAGAUGGUUGGAGGAGUGAUUGUGUCUGCAUGUUUUUGUUUACUUUAUACCCUCUAUUUUGUAGUCACUUGUGCUUUUAUAUGCCUCUGCCGUACUUUUGCGCACUUUGACACCUUUCAACGUUUCGCUAAUAUCACAUUAGUUAAAGGCAUGAUUGAACUGCCAUGAUUUUAUGCAGAUUUUUAGCUUUAGCAGUUGAAUGAAUCCUAUGAUGUGUGCGUUAAAUGUGAUUGGAUGAGGUGGACGUUAAACAUCUCAGAAAAUUAGCAUACAUGCCUUACAUCCUGCAUCUCAUCUCGGCUAACGUAAAGUAGUUAAACAUUUUUUUUUUUCUUUCUUU